GACUCCCACGGCCAGGGGCUGGGCGGGGAGGCCCCGCGGUCGGUCAGGGUGGGAGAGAGAGGUGUGGAUAUCCCUUGGUAUAAAGAGAAGGAACUUCAGGUCGUGUUUGUCGCUACCCUGCCUCUUUGCUAAGCUUUCCGUUUCGUCGUUUGUUACUUGACUUAGCCUCAGCUGGCUAGGUUCAGACCUGGCGCUGUCGGAUUUGGAACAAGUCACUUUAAUGUUUCUGAACCUCAGGGUCCUUAUCCUUAAUAUACAUUUAAGAACUUUUCGAACAGCCAUUCAGCCAGUAUUAACAGGUGCCUGAGGUGCCAGGUACCCUUCUAACUCCCGGGAGGUGGGGUGGUGAGCAAGACAUUACUGGUCCUUGCUCUCGAAGUUGGUGGGUGGAACUAGACAAACAGGAACGUUUCAGAUUGUGAUAAAGGAAAUAGAGGGUUACUAAGUGGCUGGGCGCUACUCCUUUAGAAGGUGAUGUUUGAGUUGAAAUUCAAAAAAUGAAAAAAGAAUAAGUGAUGUGGAAAGCAGUUCAGGCAUAGUAAAGAGUAAGUUCAAUGGCCCUGUGGCAGCAAAGAAGUCAGAGCAUUCUAGGAACACAAAGUGCCUCUUGUGGCUGCAGAGCAUUGAAGAAGAGGAGUGGCACAGGAUGGGGUGCACAGGGGACAGAUAACACAGGGUUUUGAAGACCACAGUUAGACUGCUGUGUGAAAAAUGGAUGUAGGGCCAAGACUGAAAGCGUGGAAACGAAGAAGCAACCAUCAAAUGGUGGUGUGUAUACAGUAGCCAUUCCACAGAUUUUGAAGUACACCGCAACUGGCUUGCUAUCACUCACAGUUUGCCAAUAUCACAGUGGUAUUAUGAGGCAACUUCAGAGUGGACGUUGGAUUACCCCCCUUUCUUUGCAUGGUUUGAGUAUAUCCUGUCACAUGUCGCCAAAUAUUUUGAUCAAGAGAUGCUGAAUGUUCGUAAUUUGAAUUACUCCAGCUCAAGGACCUUACUUUUCCAGAGAUUUUCCGUUAUCUUUAUGGAUGUACUCUUUGUGUAUGCUGUCCAUGAGUGCUGUAAAUGCAUUGAUGGAAAAAAAGUGGGUAAAGAACUUACAGAAAAGCCAAAAUUUAUUCUAUCGGUAUUACUUCUGUGGAACUUCGGGUUAUUAAUUGUGGAUCAUAUUCAUUUUCAGUACAAUGGCUUUUUAUUUGGAUUAAUGCUACUCUCCAUUGCACGAUUAUUUCAGAAAAGGCAUAUGGAAGGAGCAUUUCUCUUUGCUGUUCUCCUACAUUUCAAGCACAUCUACCUCUAUGUAGCACCAGCUUAUGGUGUAUAUCUGCUGCGAUCCUACUGUUUCACUGCAAAUAAACCAGAUGGGUCUAUUCGAUGGAACAGCUUCAGCUUUGUUCGUGUUAUUUCCCUGGGACUGGUUGUUUUCCUAGUUUCUGCUCUUUCAUUGGGUCCUUUCCUAGCCUUGAAUCAGCUGCCUCAAGUCUUUUCCCGACUCUUUCCUUUCAAGAGGGGCCUCUGCCAUGCAUAUUGGGCUCCAAACUUCUGGGCUUUGUACAAUGCUUUGGACAAAGUGCUGUCUGUCAUCGGUUUGAAAUUGAAAUUUCUUGAUCCCAACAAUAUUCCCAAGGCCUCAAUGACAAGUGGUUUGGUUCAGCAGUUUCAACACACAGUCCUUCCCUCAGUGACUCCCUUGGCAACCCUCAUCUGCACACUGAUUGCCAUAUUGCCCUCUAUUUUCUGUCUUUGGUUUAAACCCCAAGGGCCCAGAGGCUUUCUCCGAUGUCUAACUCUUUGUGCCUUGAGCUCCUUUAUGUUUGGUUGGCAUGUUCAUGAAAAAGCCAUACUUCUAGCAAUUCUCCCAAUGAGCCUUUUGUCUGUGCAAAAAGCAGGAGAUGCUUCGAUUUUUCUGAUUCUGACCACAACAGGACAUUAUUCCCUCUUUCCUCUGCUUUUCACUGCACCAGAACUUCCCAUUAAAAUCUUACUCAUGUUACUGUUCACCAUAUAUAGUAUUUCGUCACUGAAGACUUUAUUCAGAAAAGAAAAACCUCUUUUUAAUUGGAUGGAAACUUUCUACCUGCUCGGCCUGGGGCCUCUGGAAGUCUGCUGUGAAUUUGUAUUCCCUUUCACCUCCUGGAAGGUGAAGUACCCCUUCCUCCCUUUGUUACUAACCUCAGUGUAUUGUGCAGUAGGCAUCACAUAUGCUUGGUUCAAACUGUAUGUUUCAGUAUUGAUUGACCCUCCUGUUGGCAAGACAAAGAAACAAUGAAUAAAGGAACUGCUUGGA